GUGUGAGCAUAGGAAAGUUUUAAACAAAAGUAGCAGGUUAAAUGUGGAGUAAUAAACGGGAUUUUGUGUUCAAAUACAAAAGCCACAAUAUUAAGCUAUUUUUAAAAUGCUUUUUCUGGCUUCCCAAUUAAUAGCAUAUUCGGGGGUGAGAUGAGACUGCUCUGCAUGAUGCCAUUAAAUACAGUACUUUGAAACAUGGUCAAACUGUAAAUAAUAACUUCCUUGUAACCCAGAUUAUCAUAGAGUUGAAUGUUACUUAGAGUGGUUCUGAAUGAUACAGAAUUCGCUUCCUUGGCAAAUGUGGUAUCGUUGAGUGCCAGUCAUAACAUCUAAAAGGCUUUAUCAUUUUGAGUGGUUAACUAGAAAUACUUAAAUACCUUUUUCAGCCAGUAGUUAUGUUUUUUUGUGGACUGUACCAUUUUGUAAAUGUUUUUUUUAUUUUGUUUAACCAUGCCAUGUUUUGUAAGACAAUCAUUUUGAAGAAUAACAUUUAACUUGUGAAAAUAUGUGUAUGAGAUGUAUUACAAGGUGAUGUUUUUUUAAACUUCGUCAACAUUGCAAGUGUCACUGGUCUCGUCUAUUCUGACUGCAGUGGAUAAUAUGGCGUCGGUGGAAAGUGUUUGAGUCUAGAAACUUGACAAUAGCGUAACUGUAUCUCUGACUGACCUAAGAGAAGACUGCAACUUCUAUUAAACGUAUAACUAUUUUUAAGCCAACAUGCCUCGGAAAAAGCCAUUCAGUACCAAACAGAAGAAGAAACAGAUGCAAGUAAAACGGGAAAGAAAGAGAGGUGAGCCAGGCUCAGGACCCAGCAGCCGUAACGCCAGCAUGGAGCGGGGGAUGGACAGGGAGAGACAGUCGGACACAUCGGACAGCGAGACCACUGAUGUCCGGAGGAUAAACCAGCAGCCCGGGGUCAGGGAAGGAAGAUAUGACCCCAAUAGGUUCCGUCUGCACUUUGAAAAGGAAAGCAAAGAGGAGGUAGAGAGGAGGAAGAAGCUGGCAAGAGAAACAGUUCUGGGACAGAUGUUAGACCAAGACCUGGAGGUUGACAUCAAUGACAUCUACCCCCCAGAGAAAGGUCUUGGUUUCCCACGGCGACCUCCAUGGAAUUAUGGGAUGAGUCGUGAAGAGCUGCUGAGAAAAGAAGAGAAGUCAUACCGAGAACAUCUGGCUGACCUGCACUCUAGAAACCCUCCUGGAUCCCUCAGCCACUUUGAGCACAACCUGGAGACGUGGAGACAGUUGUGGAGAGUGUUGGAGAUGUCCGAUGUGAUUCUCCUCAUUGUAGACAUCAGGCAUCCGGUGCUGCAGUUUCCCCCGGCGCUCUACCACUACAUCACUGAUGAGCUGCACAAGCAGGUGGUGGUAGUGCUCAAUAAGGCUGACCUGUGUCCCCCCCCACUGGUGCUGGCCUGGAGACACUACCUCCACACAAAGUUCCCCGGCCUCCACUGCACCUGCUUCACCUCACACCCCGGCCAGCCUUACAGCACAGUGCUCCAGAAGAAGAGAAUGAGGAAAAGGGGCACGUAUGGCUGGGGUCACGCUGGCGGCCCCACCCACAUCCUGAAGGCGUGUCAGGAAAUCACAGCAGGAAAAGUUGACCUGUCCAGUUGGGAGCAGAAAAUCCAGAGAGAUGCAGUUGCUAUGGGACCAGAGGGGGAGCAGUCCGAUGAAGGGGUGGAGUCUGUGCUGGUGGAGCACCAGAGUGACGUGGCCAUGGAGAUGAGCUGCCCCUCCCAGGAGCUGUAUAAAGAUGGCAUACUCACCCUGGGCUGUGUUGGCUUCCCUAAUGUUGGAAAGUCCUCGGUAUUGAACAGUCUGGUAGGAAGGAAGGUGGUGAGUGUGUCUCGAACUCCUGGCCACACAAAAUACUUCCAGACCUACUACCUCACGCCCACGGUCAAACUGUGUGACUGCCCUGGCCUGGUCUUCCCCUCACUAGUCAACAAACAACUCCAGAUUCUGGCCGGUAUCUACCCGGUGUCUCAGCUGCAGGAACCCUACAGUUCUGUGGGUUAUCUGUGUGAGCGGACCCCCUUCCUGACGGUGCUGAAGCUUCGGCACCCCAGCAUGACGGGCCCGCAGCACGCCCCCAGGGGAGGGGAGAAAGAGAGGGAGCAAGGCCCUGAGCACAGCUGGACAGCCUGGGACGUCUGUGAAGCGUGGGCUGAGAGGAGGGGCUAUAAGACAGCGAAGGCAGCUCGUAACGAUGUGUACCGGGCAGCUAACAGUCUGUUGCGGCUGGCUGUUGACGGCAGGCUGUGUCUGUGCCUCAGACCUCCUGGAUACAACGCUCAGAAAGCACAAUGGGAAUCCCACCCAGACUUGGCGGAAAUCAUUGCGCUACAGGGACGGGGCGAAGAGGAGGGGACAGAAGAGAAGGAUGAGGAAGAGGAGGGCGAGUCAAGCUCUGAGCCUGAGGAGGAGAGGGAUAGGGAUGCUGAUGAUGACGAGGAUGGUGAUGAUGAAGAUGAAGGGUUUGGACUGCCGGCAGCAAGGGAGAAGGGGAAGGGCCCGCCCAGCCUUACAGUCAACAUGUUUGAUGUCCUCCGGGAAAAUGAGUGCGAGUGAAGAAGAAAAGCAAUGGGAGGGAAGAAUAAAAAAAAAAAAGCGCUUUAUCUCUAUCUCACCACUCACUGUAUUUUCAUUCCUUUAACAUUCUGCCUCAACUCUGUUUCUCUACCCCCGUCAAUACAUCCAUACUGCUCUCUCUACCCCCGUCAAUACAUCCAUACUGCUCUCUCUACCCCCGUCAAUACAUCCAUACCGCUCUCUCUACCCCCGUCAAUACAUCCAUACCGCUCUCUCUACCCCCGUCAAUACAUCCAUACCGCUCUCUCUACCCCCGUCAAUACAUCCAUACCGCUCUCUCUACCCCCGUCAAUACAUCCAUACCGCUCUCUCUACCCCCGUCAAUACAUCCAUACCGCUCUCUCUACCCCCGUCAAUACAUCCAUACCGCUCUCUCUACCCCCGUCAAUACAUCCAUACCGCUCUCUCUACCCCCGUCAAUACAUCCAUACCGCUCUCUCUACCCCCGUCAAUACAUCCAUACCGCUCUCUCUACCCCCGUCAAUACAUCCAUACCGCUCUCUCUACCCCCGUCAAUACAUCCAUACCGCUCUCUCUACCCCCGUCAAUACAUCCAUACCGCUCUCUCUACCCCCGUCAAUACCAUCCAUACCGCUCUCUCUACCCCCGUCAAUACCAUCCAUACCGCUCUCUCUACCCCCGUCAAUACCAUCCAUACCGCUCUCUCUACCCCCGUCAAUACCAUCCAUACCGCUCUCUCUACCCCCGUCAAUACCAUCCAUACCGCUCUCUCUACCCCCGUCAAUACCAUCCAUACCGCUCUCUCUACCCCCGUCAAUACCAUCCAUACCGCUCUCUCUACCCCCGUCAAUACCAUCCAUACCGCUCUCUCUACCCCCGUCAAUACCAUCCAUACCGCUCUCUCUACCCCCGUCAAUACCAUCCAUACCGCUCUCUCUACCCCCGUCAAUACCAUCCAUACCGCUCUCUCUACCCCCGUCAAUACAUCCAUACCGCUCUCUCUACCCCCGUCAAUACAUCCAUACCGCUCUCUCUACCCCCGUCAAUACAUCCAUACCGCUCUCUCUACCCCCGUCAAUACAUCCAUACCGCUCUCUCUACACCCGUCAAUACCAAUACACCAGAGAUCAGACAAAUGCACGUGACAUCAUUCAGCAUGUCUGUCCAUUAUUUUGUGUGAAUUGUGCUAAAAUAAUGUAGUGCCUUAUAGGAUUCUACUAUGUCCAUUAAGGCUACGUCGUUGCAGCUGUUAGGGGCCACUGGAGGAUGUAAUUAGCCUGUAAGACCUCUGUCAUUUUCACUCCCUCAGCUUUUGGACACGCACGUGAAUACGGAAAUGAAGGGCCAAGGGACAUUUCAGAUUGAAAACAUUGUCCUGUCUCUAUGCUGUGCCUUAGCUCUGCUUGUAUGCACAUGGACAGGCAGCUCUACUAGGUUUUCUUUCUAUUUCUUCUAUCCUAGGUUUGCAUUUUUUUUAAAUCUGUUUACUGCAUGAAGACUUGUACUUUUAUUUAUCUUAAAGCUGGUAGGGGCAUUGUGCUGCAUUAUUCAUUGAUAUAUGACCUCACAGAGGAGAUGCCAAAGGUCAGAUAAGUUCAAGGUUAACCCUGCGAACGGGAAGGCUGGAACUGGGAGGGUUCUAGAUUGCACCUGGUUUUGGCAGGCAGCCAGUCUAAUCAGGGAUCAGACCCCUGGUGAUGUCAUACACCUGGGACUUCCAUUUGCAGUACAGAAAUAUAAAAUGACUGCCCUUCUGGUUCAUUCCACUGUACAUUACAGUAUGAAAAGACUAUGAAAUACAGAUUUCACUGGUAAUAAUGGUUCUGAAAUCCAUAGCUAUGGUUUUCCCCAGUCAGUCUACUGUUAGGGUCCACUAGGGGCUGUGUGUGUGCAGGACGCGCUUUACUGGACUGAAGCAAAGUCCUGCACACUGAGUCCCAAAGAACAGGAAUUAAAACCAUAUGAUUGGCUAUUUAGAAUCUAUUGUACUGCCCUAUUGGUCAGAUGGUGGAUGUAGUGUUCUAACUACAACGGAAAUGACAAAGCGGGCUCACUCAGUUGCAGAACUCUCAUACAACACUGAUUGACUGACAUAAAGAGCAUUGGGAGAGUUUGGCCACUGUAGUUUCAACUAAAAAGCACUGAUGUUCUGAGAUGUGAUCACACGGUUCCAAUAUUGACCGAUACAACGUUGCUGUUAAUCAUCCUAAAUUAUACCAGCUAAUCAAACUUAUUGAGUGGCUAGCUGAAGCGGUUUCCAGAUGAUGGAUGGUUGGAAUGAAGAGUGACAUCAACAUGGCAUCCAGCACUAACCCUGGUCAUAUAUCCUUCCUGUAUGGCUAUUAGAGUCUUAGUGCAGUGUUACAGUGCGCUGAAAUCUAUUGACUGUGCCUCAUUCAUCCUGUUCUCCUGUAUUACAUGUCAGUCUGCAAGGCCACUACAGCCCCAUGCUGUUAUCAUGUAUUAUGUCACAGUGGUCAUCAGACCUCCCGGGAACCCCCAUGCUGUUAUCAUGUAUGUGAUCCAUUCCUAGCACAAUGGAUGGAGUUGGGCAUCUCAUCAUCCGGCCCUUAAAUAUUUGUAUCCGGUGAGCUCGUUCAAAGCUGCAGUAAAACUGAAACAUCAUAGGAGAGGUUUAAGAACCGCUGAUCUUGAUAUACAGCAACCUGCUGUGGUCUGGUCUCUACCAAUGGUACUAUCAAUGGUGAACUUCUAUACGUGUGACUGAUCAGGACCGUGUCUGGAGCACAUGUAUAAGAUACAAGACAUAUUUGUUCCUGGUCAUUUGGAAAGUCCCUAAGACACAGCUCUAUGGUUUUUCAUAUGGAGAUAGUGUUCAUGCUUUUUUUGUUGAAUUCCUAAAAAUGACUUGAACAUGAGUGUUGUGGAGGGUGUGAGUGCUGCAUUCCUUAUGUAGUUCCUGGUAUGACCAGAUGACAACCAACUGGAAUUCUCUGCAAUAAAGAUAAUCCGUGGAACAGA